AUGGAGGAGGUGUUCAUGGAGAAGCACAGCAUCCACCCGUCGCUGGUGGCCGACGUGCACCAGUACGUCUACAGGCGCACCGGCGUGAUCGGCAUCCAGCCCGAGGAGGUGACCGAGGCGGCGAAGAAGUCGGUGACGGAGAACCGGCUGCACCGCUGCCUGAUCUGCGGCGCCCUCUCCGAGCUCCACGUCCCGCCGGAGUGGCUGGUUCCCGGCGGGAAGCUCUACAACUUGGCCAAGUCCACUCACGGCCAGCUGCGGCCGGACAAGAACUACAGCUUCCCCCUCAACAACGUGGUGUGCUCCUAUGACCCCCAGAGGGACGUCCUGGCCCCGGAUUAUAAACUCAGCUCCCUCAACACCUGCAACUGGUGUCACGGCACGUCGGUGCGCCACAUCCGCGGCAACGGGGUGGUGGUCUACCUGGACGGGGACCGAACUAACACCCGCUCCCAGGGCGGGAAGUGCGGGUGCGGCUUCAAGCACUACUGGGAGGAGAAGGAGUACGACAACCUCCCCGAGGCCUUCCCCAUCACGCUGGAGUGGGGGGGGCGGGUGGUGAGAGAGACGGUGUACUGGUUCCAGUACGAGACCGAGCCGGCUUUGAACAGCAACGUGUACGACGUGGCCAUGAAGCUGGUUACCAAGCACUUCCCAGGGGAGUUUGGCAGCGAGAUUCUGGUGCAGAAGGUGGUGAACACCAUCCUACACCACACCGCCAAGAAGAACCCGGACGAGUACAACCCGGUGUCCAUCGCUGGGGCUCAUGCCCAGCGCCUCACCGACGCCGCGGAGAUGCCGCCGGACACCCAGCCACCCACUAAGAUCAUCCUGACCGGUCAGAAAGCCAAGACGCUCCACAAGGAGGAGCUGACGAUGAGCCGGGCGGAGCGCAGCAUCCAGCAGAGCAUCAGCGAGCAGGCCGCCGUCACCCAGAAGAGGCGGACUGACAAGCUGAAGCAGGAGCAGAAGGGCCGGACAUCUUCUGCCGGCGGCUCACCGGAAACCUCCUCCUCCUCCUCCGCUCCAGCCACCCCGACCAAAUCCUCCUCGUCCACCAAGGAGAAGAAGAUCCGCGUGACCACCAGCGACGGCAGGCAGGCCAUGCUGACCCUGCAGGUCCACACCACCUUCUCGGAGCUGCAGAGGAGCAUCGCUGACCAGUUCGGCGUGCCGCCGGCGCAGCAGUGCAUCCGCCACGGCUUCCCGCCCAAAGAGCUGCCCCCUCCGAAGGACGGCGAGGAGAACGAGCCGGCGGCGCUGCAGCACGGCGACCGGGUGACGGUGGAGAUACUGAGGGCGCCCGAGGACAAGGCGCCCGCAGCCUCAGGCUCGCACGCCGCGAAGAGUGAGGACGCCGCCGCCGUCGUCGUCACGUCCAGCAGGACGAGCGGCCGCGAACUCCAGGACAGCAUCGACCUGGAGAUGUCCUCCCUCUGUCUCCUGGCAACCUUGAUGGGUGAGGACGUCUGGUCGUACGCAAAGAAGCUGCCUCACUUGUUCCAGCAGGCCGGCGUCUUCUACAACAUCGUGAAGAAGGACAUGGGUAUGUUUACACAACCUGACUCCUGGGUUCUUAGAUCUGGGUUCUAAACCCGCUGCAUGUGAACUCGGACUCUACAGGAACCGGUCCGUCAUGAUGCACUUCAACAUGUUGUCAUCACCUGGUUUAUUCCGCUGUCGUCGUUUAGUUUUCAUUGCUUUUAGGAGCGAUCGCUCCUGAUUAUUGGAGAUAAAAAGCAUAAUGUUGCUGUCGGAACAGAAACUCAGGUUUUGCACAAAUAUAGAAGAAUUAAAAGUUAGCAUUUAAAGAAGCAACGGAUCCUAAAACUCACACUUCAGAUCAUUACAAAAGAAAAUAUAACUUUUAGAGAUCAACGAUGAUCCAUAUUGUUGUCUGAUUACAUCAGCUGAUCUAUAAGGAUCCACAAUAUUAUUCUCACCAUCGUCCGAAAAACACUUUGAAGUCAGUAAACCAUCAAAAAUACUAAAUGUUGUACUUUUACCUUGUUGUAGUAAUUAGUGUUUUUUUUUCGU